AUGUGGAAAAAAGUCGGUGGAAAUUCGUUGGCAAGUUUGAAUGUAAUUCGAAGAAUAAGUAGAGGAAUAAGUAACAUACCGAAAAGAGUUGAAAUUUCUGAUUCAACCGAUAUAAACUUAUUUAAACCGGGACAAAAAUACCAUGGAUUUUUAGCAAAACAUGUUGAGAACAUUCCCGAAUUUCGAAUAACUGCCGUGUAUUUAAUUCACGAAAAAACUAAAGCACAGUAUUUGCAUUUGUAUAGGAAUGACACUAAUAACGUUUUCUCCGUUAAUUUCCGUACAACUCCUCUAGCAAGUACUGGUUUGCCUCAUAUUUUAGAGCAUACUGUAUUAUGCGGUUCGGAAAGGUUCCCUGUGAGAGAUCCUUUUUUUAAAAUGCUAAAUAGAUCUCUAGCCACUUUCAUGAACGCCAUGACAGCGUCUGAUUACACAAUGUAUCCGUUUAGCACGCAAAAUUAUUCCGAUUAUAGAAACCUGCAAAAAGUGUAUUUAGACGCAGUUUUUAAACCGAAUUUGAAGGAAUUAGAUUUUAUGCAGGAAGGUUGGAGACUCGAAUACACCGAUCCCGCUAAUGCAAAAAGCAACCUUACUAUAAAAGGGGUCGUUUACAAUGAGAUGAAGGGAGUGUUUUCUGAAAACGAAAAUAUACUUGGACAAAAAUUGCAAAAUUUGUUAUUACCCGAUCACACGUAUGGUGUUAUAUCCGGCGGUGAUCCUAAAGAUAUCCCUAAUCUUACUUGGAAUGAUUUGGUUCAAUUUCACAAAGAACAUUACCAUCCGAGCAAUUCGAGAAUUUACUCUUACGGCAAUUUUCCUCUAUUACCCACAUUGAAGUAUGUUGAUGAAGAAUAUUUAAGCAAAUAUGAAUAUUUUCCACCAAAACACACGGAAGUGCCCAGGCAGAAACGAUGGAAUGAGCCCAAACAGCAAGACAUUCUAUGCAGAUACGACAGCUUCGGAGAAUCAUUUAACAAGCAAAAUACAGUAUCGAUUUCAUUCUUAGUUUCGGAUACCACCAACGUUUACGAGACUUUCGUUAUGCACUUUUUAACCGAACUCUUAAUCAAAGGCCCCAACUCUCCAUUCUACAAGAGUUUGAUUGAACCCAAUUUUUCCGGCGGCUACACCACUUCGACUGGAUUCGACAACCAACCGAGAGAUGGAAUAUUCACCAUUGGAUUGCAGAACGUUCGAAAGAACGAUUUCAACAAGUUUUUCAAAAUUUUCGACGAUACUAUAGACGAUGUCAUCAAAAACGGCUUCGAGCCGGAGCACAUCGAAUCCGUUUUGCACCGUUACGAAUUAUCGGUGAAACACGAAACGAACAAUUUCGGUUUGAAUUUAUUAUUUGCCAUUUCGCCGAUUUGGAACCAUUCGGACAACGUCCUCAAUCAACUCCGCGUCAACGAAUUGAUAGGUAGAUUGCGAUCUGAUCUACAGGAAGAUCCCCGUUUCUUGCAGAACCUCGUCGAAAAGUUUCUGAAACGGAACAAACACAGGCUUACUCUAACCAUGUCGGCUGACAAAGAAUUCGACGCGAAGUUAGCGAAGCAAGAGCAGGAUUUGUUAAAGCAGAAAAUCAAAGGUCUCUCAGAUAAGGACAAACAAAUGAUCUUCGAGAAAGGAUUGGAGUUGCAGGCGCAACAAAACGAGCCCGCUAAGACCGAGUUACUGCCCAUUCUGACAAUCGAAGACAUCAGUUCCGAACUGGAGAGAGUCGAGAAAGUUAAAUCGUCCUUGAACAACGUACAAACGCAAAUUAACAAAGUAAACGCCAACGGCAUAGUAUAUUUCAAAGGAAUUUUGAACACAAUCGAUCUGUCUCCGGAGCAACACAUGCUUCUACCUUUAUUUUGCUACGUGAUCCACAAACUGGGCACCAACAAAAUGACCUUCAAGCAAUUCGACAGCCUAGUCAGCAGGAAAACGUCCGGCUUGAGCUUCAGCAGCUACAUAGGCGAGAGUUUGUUCCAUCUGCACACCUACGAGCCCGGAUUGCUGAUCAACAGCUACUGUUUGGAAAAGAACGUCGACAGCAUGUGGGACAUUUGGCACCAAAUAUUCACCAUCAGCAAACUCGACGAUUUGCAACGGUUCCAAAUGUUAGUUCAAUUGUACAUGUCGAAUCUGACGCACGGAAUCGCCGAUUCCGGCCACGUUUACGCCAUGCAAGCCGCUUCGGGACUCGUCUCCGGAUCCGCCUAUCAAAUGGAACUGCUCUCCGGAUUACACCACAUAUCUUACAUGAAGAGGCUCUUGAACACCACGCACUACAGAGGCAUGCUCGACGAGAUACUCAACAUAGCCAAAAUACUAUUCAACAGAAACAAAUUGAGAGUCGCUUUGAAUAUCUCCACGGAAAACGAAAUGCCGAUACUGACCAGCUACGAAAGCUUUGUGAAUAAUCUACCCGAAGCCUGUACGACUACUACGCAAAACGAUUCCACUUACGUGACGGGGAAAGUGUGGUCUCCGACGAACUCUGUGAAUUGCCAGCACCACGUCCUAAACGUGCCGGUGAAUUACUGCAGCAAAGCGGUGCUGACGGUGCCCUACACGCAUCCGGACUACGCGAAAUUGCGGAUCCUCGCCAGGUUGCUAUCGUCGAAAUACUUGCACCCGGAGCUCAGGGAGAAGCAGGGAGCGUACGGGGGCGGCGCGCGGCUCGCCGGCGACGGCGUGUUCUCGUUCUUCAGCUACCGGGAUCCGCGGAACUUGGAAACGUUGGACGUUUUCGACGAUUCGUUCAGGUGGGUCAAGACCAACGCGGAGAAGCUCACCGAGCAGGAUAUAUUCGAGGCGAAAUUGGGGGUGUUCCAGUCCGUGGAUGCUCCCAUACCGCCCAGUCAAAAGGGCUGCGAGGAGUUCUUGAAGAGAGUGACGCCGGAUAUUAAGCAGAGACACCGCGUGGAAUUGUUGAGCGUCAACAAGGAGGAUUUGUGCAAGAUGGCCGAGGAGUACUUGGGGCCUAAGAAUAUUUUGAAUACUGGGAAAGUCGUUAUUGGCGCUAAAAGCGAUAAGAUGGAUGUUAACAAGCGCGUGGACGAAUUGUGGACUGUUAUGGAGAACGUAGCUUAA